CUUGGAAAGCAAUGAAAAAUGCAGCAUCUCCACAUUCUGAGCUGCUUGAAAUUGUCCUGCUGAUCGCAGCCUGGUUUGGAGAGCACCCACAUGGAAUACUUCAAACAAGAGAGGCCUGCCUAACCUCAGACGAGAUAGAAAGACGGCCAGAUGCUCCACUCUCCCCUUGCAUCAUUGCGGCUGGAGAUGACAUCUGGUCUCCAGAAGAAUAUAUGCUGCUCCUUGAUGGGCACGUUGUGGCAACUGCACCAGAGUUCGACGUCGCCCUCCGCAUGCUGUUUGCCAGCUACUUUUCAUUCCACAUUUGCUACGCCCAAGAAGUCUCAUCUACGCUUGAGUUCAUCCAGAGGGCACUUUUCGGCAUCAAUCCUGACCGUGGCAGCAAGGGCAAAAAUGGGAGAACGCAAGUGAACAAACGAGUGCUCAACCUGUUUCAACGAAUAACGGAGUCUCAGUGGAACAUAUAGGUAAGUCUAUUGUGCUCUGUGACCAGUUCGCGGUUACGGCAGAGCAGUAACAAUAAAAUACAGCACACA